CCCUGCGUCGCCGGAGCAGCGGAGCGCCUCCGAGCGGCCGGCGGGCGGGCGUUUGCUCCGCCCACUCCCGGCCCGCCGCGCCGGUCCCCAGCUCCUUCCCUCUCCGCCCGUUCCCGCCUCCCUUCCUUUCCGCUGCCGAGGCGACGGGAGCCGAGCCCCAGCGGACUGAGCCGCGGCCGCAGCCGGGCGGCGGGCGCUGAGGAGGCGGCGGCGGGGCGGGCGGCGGGCGGUCAGGCGGGAGGCGGCCGCGGGGAUGCGGUGGCCGCGCUGAGACCGCCAGCUCCCGGCUCCGGCCGCGCGAGGCGGCCCGGGCCAGGCGGCAGCAUGCGGAGCGGCGAGGAGCUGGACGGCUUCGAGGGUGAGGCCUCGAGCACCUCCAUGAUCUCGGGCGCCAGCAGCCCGUACCAGCCUACCACCGAGCCGGUGAGCCAGCGCCGCGGGCUGGCCGGCCUGCGCUGCGACCUCGACUACCUGCGCAGCGCGCUCGGCUGCCUCAAGGUCGCCCAAGUGAUUUUGGCCCUGAUUGCAUUCAUCUGCAUCGAGACCAUCAUGGAGUGCUCCCCGUGUGAAGGCCUCUACUUUUUUGAGUUUGUGAGCUGCAGUGCAUUUGUGGUGACUGGAGUCUUGUUGAUUCUGUUCAGUCUCAACCUUCACAUGCGGAUCCCCCAGAUCAACUGGAACCUGACAGAUUUGGUCAACACUGGACUCAGCACUUUCUUUUUCUUUAUUGCUUCGAUUGUACUGGCUGCUUUAAAUCAUAAAACCGGAGCAGAAAUUGCUGCCGUGAUAUUUGGCUUUUUGGCGACUGCCGUGUAUGCGGUGAACACUUUCCUGGCAGUGCAGAAAUGGAGAGUCAGCAUCCACCAGCAGAGCGCCAAUGACUACAUCCGAGCCCGCACAGAGUCCAGAGAUGUGGACGGUCGCCCCGAGAUCCAGCGCCUGGAUACAUGAGGACCUGCCAGAGUCUUCCUCCCUCUCACCCAUCCUUUCAAUCAAGUUCUUUCCCUCAUUAUGUCAGAUUUUCAUGUGAUAAAUUUGAAUUUUGUCCUC